AUGUCACAUAGACUACAAUGGAAAAAUCUUGAUAAACCAAUUGUUGAAAUUUUGACUCACGUUCUUGCUACAAACCCAUACGUUGCAACAUUUCGUAGGCUUGCUGAUUUAGGACCGCUCGACAAUUACAGAGUCACUUUAAAUGCAUCGAUAGAACUAGACCAGAGAGUGUACAAUCGGCCAACCACAUCUGAGGUUGCUGGUAUUUGGGUUGAAGGUAAUGACAACAUAACCGCGUAUAAAAGAAGUAUUAUAGUUUAUGGGAGGUCUGAAAAACCAUCAACAAUUCAGUCUUAUUGGGCAUGUUAUGAUCCAUUGUCUUAUCCUCUAUUCUUCCCAAAUGGUGAGCCUGGAUGGCAUUAUAAAAUACCAAGACAAGGAGUUUCGAUCAAUGAGAUUGUUAAUGAUACCGAAAUCAUCGAGGAAGAUCUAGAAGAGACUGAUGGAAGAACCGGUAGGAAAACUGAACAACUCUUCAAGAGGCACGUCCUUGGCGAGGUUGGCGCCUAUGUUUAUGUAAUAGAGUUCCAAAAACGUGGUUUGCCACAUGCCCAUUUUCUCUUGAUAAUGACACCUGAAUGGAAGCUCACCAAUGCAGACCAUUAUGACAAGUAUGUGUGCGCUGAAAUUCCAAACCCGACAAAGUAUCCGAUACUACACGAUCUGGUCAAAUCACACAUGAUCCAUGGUCCUUGCGGUACGUUAAACGAAAAAUGUUCUUGCAUGCAAGGUGAUCCACCAACAUGUCGUUUUAGAUACCCUCGACAAUUCAAUGAAACUACGACGCAAGGAAAGGAUGCAUAUCCUGUUUAUCGAAGGAGAGAUACUGGAAUUGCGGUGAAAAAACAAGGUAUUAUGAUGGAUAAUAGAUGGGUUGUUCCAUAUAACCCAAAGUUGUUGAUGAUGUUCAACUGCCUUCUAAAUGUAGAGGUUUGCUCGAGUAUAACAUCCGUCAAAUAUGUCUUUAAGUAUAUUUACAAGGGUCAUGACAAACAGGUUAUCCAUAUUGAUCCAGAUGCACAGCCUGUUCUUAUCAAUGAGAUAAAACGUUUUCAAGAUGCACGUUAUGUCUCUGCUCCGGAAGCAACAUGGCGAAUUUUUAGUUUUGCUCUUUCUCAAAUCCACCCUAAUGUGAUCACUUUGCAACUGCAUCUACCGAACCAACAACUGGUUCGAUUUAGUGAUGCUGAUACAAUGACAUCCAUUGUUGAGAAGGAGAAAGAUAAGAGAUCAAUGUUGACCGCAUUUUUCAAGAUGAAUAAAGAGAACUUGUGCGCAAGAAAGUACUUAUACAAUGAUUUUCCCAAACACUUCACGUGGAGUACCCAAUCACGUCUAUGGAAUCCUCGAAAACAAGCACCAGCGGUAGGUCGUUUGGUUUAUGCUAAUCCUGCUGAAGGGGAGCGAUACUACCUACGUGUGUUAUUAUGUCAUAUUAGGGGUCCUACAUGUUUUGAAGAUCUAUACACAGUCAAUGACGUAAGACAUCCCAUAUUUCGAAAAGCGGCUCUAGAAAAAGGAAGGCUGUUUGCAACGAUAUUGGUUUUUUGUGAUCCUGGAGAUGUUCGAAAGUUGUGGAAUUCCCACUACAAUGCUCUCUCAGAAGAUUAUAGGCGACAAUACGACAAUGUUGAACGAGUGCAGAAUAUGGUCCUCACAGAUAUCAACAUAUUCCUACAAUCUAUGAGUAACAAGCUUGAAAAUUUUGAUCUUCCCGCUAUAAAUACAGACUUGAAUUUACAAUCGGGAGUUUUUCGCGAGGUACAAGAAGAGUGCUCUAUUGUUGUGGAACCUGACCAUUUGCAUGCGCAAGAUUUUCUGAAUCCUGAACAAAAAUAUGCGUAUGACGAGAUCAUGAAGCAUGUGUGCACUGAUUGUCCAGGAGUGUUCUUCAUAGAUGGUCCUGGUGGAACGGGGAAAACAUAUCUAUACAAAGCUUUACUUGCUAAUAUCCGCAAACUUGGUCAUAUUGCACUCGCUACAGCUUCAUCGGGUGUUGCAGCUAAUAACAUGCUUGGGGGGAGGACAGCUCACUCGCGAUUAAAAAUUCCUCUAAAUCCUAAGAAUAACUCAUUCUGCAACAUCCAAAAACAAAGCGGUACCGCUGAACUACUUCGGCUUGCAAAAAUAAUCAUAUGGGAUGAAGCAUCGAUGAUAAAGCGACAGCCAGUGGAGGCGGUUGAUCAGACAAUGCAAGAUAUCACUGGAGUGGCGCUCCCUUUUGGUGGAAAGAUAAUGGUUAUGGGAGGCGAUUUCAGACAAGUUUUGCCAGUUGUAAGACGCGGAACAUGUGCACAAAUUGUAGACUCCAGCCUACGAAUGUCACCUCUUUGGCCUUCGAUUAUAAAGUUGCGGUUAACAAUAAAUAUGAGAGCACUAACUGAUCCGUGGUUCUCGAACUUUCUAUUACGGGUCGGUGAUGGAGUUGAAGAAACAGUGGACGGAAGCUUUAUCCGCAUCCCUGAUGAUAUGGUCAUUCCAUAUACUGAUAAAAAAAAUCAUUGGAUGCUUUGA